GGACACCUUGUUCCUGUCCAGAAUUUAUUUUUUUAAGACGUUCCCCUAAAAUAAAACUAUAUAUUUUAGCAAACCUUCCUGUUUCGGUGGGAGAAGAAGGAGCAGCUUUGAAGAUGCUCUGUGCCUUUUUGCCUCUGAAUUUGUGAAGUGCGAGAGGUGCAAGGAAGGGGUCGGUUUAAAGGUCUGAGUUUUCUUUUUUGAAAGCCUGCGACAUUUUUACAGCGGAGGGGACAUUGGAGAGCAACCUGGUCACUUUCAGCGAUGGCUGGAUGUUGUAUUUCGGCGGAGGAGAGGGAGAAUCAGAGGAUCAACGAGGAGAUAGAGAAGCAGCUGCGGAGAGACAAGAAGGACUCCCGCAGGGAGCUGAAGCUGCUGCUUUUGGGCACUGGAGAGAGUGGAAAGAGCACCUUUAUCAAACAAAUGAGGAUUAUCCAUGGAGGAGGCUAUACGGAUGAGGACAAGAGGAGUUAUGCCAAGCUGGUCUACCAGAACAUCUUCACGUCCAUGCAGACAAUGGUCCGAGCUAUGGAGACACUUGGUAUAGCUUUACGUGAUCCUGAGAACCAGGGCCAUGCCAGUGCAGUCCUGGAGGUGGAGGUGGAUAAGGUGGAGGACUUCGAUAAAAACCUUGCCAUGGCUGUCAAGAGUCUGUGGAAUGAUCCUGGAAUACAGGAGUGCUAUGACCGACGCAGGGAGUACCAGCUGUCAGACUCCACCAAAUACUAUCUCACUGAUCUGGAUCGGAUUUCAGAGCCCUCUUACCUACCUGACCUCCAGGACAUCCUCAGAGUCCGAGUGCCAACCACCGGUAUCAUUGAAUACCCCUUUGACAUGGAGAAUGUCAUUUUCAGGAUGGUGGAUGUGGGCGGUCAGAGAUCAGAGCGGAGGAAGUGGAUCCACUGCUUUGAGAACGUCACCUCCAUCAUCUUCCUGGUGGCGCUCAGCGAAUACGAUCAGGUCCUGGCUGAGUGCGACAAUGAGAACCGCAUGGAGGAGAGCAAGGCCUUGUUCAAAACCAUCAUCACCUACCCCUGGUUCCAGCGCUCUUCUGUUAUACUUUUCCUCAACAAGACCGACAUCCUCAAGGAGAAGAUCAUGUACUCUCACAUAUCCACCUACUUCCCUGAAUUCACAGGACCUCAGCAGGAUCCCGUAGCAGCUCAAGAAUUCAUCCUGAAAAUGUACCAAGAACAAAACCCAGAUAAGGAAAAGACGUUGUAUUCUCACUUCACCUGCGCCACGGACACGGAAAACAUCCGCUUUGUCUUUGUGGCUGUCAAAGACACCAUCCUCAGGCACAACCUCAAGGAGUUCAACCUCGUGUAAAAAGGUGUAAUGCAGGACAGAAGCAAAUGCAUACAACAGAAGACCUGAGUAGAGCCAAAAUAGAAAAUAAUUUAAUUGCUAACUGUGCUUAAUACACCCCCACUCCCCUUUAAUAUACUGAUUAAUAAUAAUCAGGUUGAAAUAGUUUCAUUUCAAACAAGGGAGAUUCAACCAAAGAGAAUACAAAUAUGUUGUAUUCAACCCACACAGACCAGUGACUAACAUAGAACUUUGUAUAGAUGCUUUAGUUUCCCUUGUAGCCUUUAGUUUUUGGAGUAAAUGAUAUUUUGCAGUGGAAACGAGGAAGUGAAAAAUAGCAGUAACUGACCCAUUGUGUGAACUACUUAUUCAAAUACACAUAUGAUCUAAGUGCUUUAAUAUAUGUAAAUGUAUUCCCAUUUACUAGUUUGAUAAGGCUGUUCUUUAGCCAAGUUUUGUGAUUUCAUAGUGUUUAGAAAUGGUUGUUCUUACACACCCAGUUGCAUGCAAGUGCCUUUUUUACUCAGGAAAGUCAGUAGAGCCACAGAGUUCAUCUUGUUUCAGAUGUAAAUAGUCUGAGAUGUACUUUGGAAAAACAUUACACAACUGUUUCUUCUAUUUAUGGUUGUUUUCAA